GUGACAGAAUAUGCAGAGUAUCUUCAACAAGAAACAGGAUGCAAUAAUGUUGAAGAGAUAUCCAAGAAUUUUGAAUUCAAAGGACUAAGUUUUUCUUCUAGACCAAUAAGUCAUCUAGUGACUGCGAUGAAAAUCGCUUCAAAGAAACCUCAAUUUUUCAAACCGAUUCAGCCAGGUUUCAAGCAUGGUUUUAAAAUUCCUAUAGGUUUCUUGAAGUAUCUGGAGGGACUGAACCAUAUUAAACAUGCAAUACUAAAAAGGACGGGGAAAAAGUGGCUGGUGAAGGUGAACGACUGGCGAUUAGAAGAGGGUUGGGAAAAGUUUGCAGAGGAGCAUGAUUUGCAAUUGGGAGAUUUUUUGAUCUUCAAACAUGAAGGAUAUAUGGAAUUUGAAGUUUCCAUCUUUGAUUCAAGUCACUGUGAUAGAGAAUACGCAGAGUAUUUGCAGGAAGGAGGCAAUAAUGCCGAAGAGACUUUCAAGAAAGUUGAAUUCAAAGAAUCUGCUACUCACAACUCUAGGGAUCAAUCUCAUUUUCAGUGCAUUGUCAGACCAAAUUACAUUUCAAAUGGUUACUUGAAAAUUCCCAUAGGUUUCUUGAAGUAUCUGGAGGGACUGAACCAUAUUAAACAUGCAAUACUGAAAAGGAUGGGGAAAAAGUGGCUGGUGAAGGUGAACGGCUGGCGAUUAGAAGAGGGUUGGGAAAAGUUUGCAGAGGAGCAUGAUUUGCAAUUGGGAGAUUUUUUGGUCUUCAAACAUGAAGGAGAUAUGGAAUUUGAAGUUUCCAUCUUUGAUUCGAGUCAUUGUGAUAGGGAAUACACAGAGUAUCUGCAGGAAGGAGGCGAUAAUGCUGAAGAGACUUUCAAGAAAGUGGAAUUCAAAGAAGCUGCUACUCACAACUCUAGGGGUCAAUCUCAUUUUCAGUGCAUUGUCAGACCAAAUUACAUUUCAAAUGGUUACUUGCGCCUUCCUAAACAUUUUGCAAUCGUGAACGGCCUUACCAACAAGAAAUGUGGUCUGAUUGUCAGAGAUGAAAGACAAAGAUCAUGGAAUUUAAGGCUUGUUGCCUAUGAUUCAUGUGUCCGUGUAUAUGGUGAAUGGAGUAUCUUCUGCGUUGUGAAUAACUUAAUGGAGGGAGAUUAUAUGACAUUUGAGGUUGUUGCUAAUGGAGAAAACCCUAUAUGGAAAUUUCACCCAAUAACACGUCUUAGGCAUAAGAAAUCAGACGUGACUACUCCAAUAUCGCAAACACCAGCUUCAACAUCUGCUGAUGCCAACCCACAUUUCAUAUCCACUAUCAAACCUUACACCUUCACAAAAGCUCUUUUGUAUCUUCCCAUGGAUUUUGUAAAAUCAAAUGGCUUGAUGAUUAGAAGUGAGAUGAUUCUUAUCGACGAAAAGCAGAGAUCAUGGUCAGUGUGGCUAGGGCGAACGGGACAUCAAUUUGGAAUUAAAAGGGGAUGGACACAGUUCAGAAAUGCAAAUGGUAUUCAAGUAGGAGAUACUUACAAGUUUGAACUCAUCAACAAUGGCACAAUACCUAUAGCUCAUGUAAAUAUUCUAGGAGUUAAGGAUGCGAAUCGCCAAGCAUCACAGAAGCCAUUGACAGGAUAAUAUGAAGCAGUUGGUGAUGGCCAAGGAAACUUGCACUGAAGCAAGUUGAUGUUGUUCCUUAUCAGAGGAAAGAGAAGAAUUAGUUUGGAAUAAAUAGAAAAGAACUUAAAGAGUUAGGAAGAAGGCAAGCAUUUUUCAUCGCGCAGCUUGGAUUUGGAUUUCGAUUAUCUGAUUGAUUGAUAAAUUUUUGGAAGCUAUUCCAAUAUUGGUAAAUUUUGUUUUGUUUUGGGAGGAAAUGAUUCUUGUUUUAGUCAUCUGUUGUAGUAUGUUGUUUAUUAGUUAUUGCACUAUUCUGUUGU